CACGAAGAACAGCAUUUUGGGUAACUUUGAAUCAUGGCGGACGAAGCUGAGCAGCCACAGGCCACCAACACUGUGGAAGAGCCUCUGGAUCUCAUCCGUUUGAGUUUGGAUGAGAGAAUCUAUGUGAAGAUGAGGAAUGACAGAGAGCUGCGCGGCAGACUGCAUGCCUAUGAUCAGCACUUAAACAUGAUCCUCGGAGAUGUUGAAGAGACAGUGACGACAGUAGAAAUUGAUGAGGAGACGUAUGAGGAGAUUUACAAGUCAACGAAGCGCAACAUUCCCAUGCUGUUUGUUCGAGGGGAUGGAGUCGUGUUAGUUGCCCCACCGUUGAGGGUUGGAUAAAUUCCUUUGACUGUGCAAUCUUAUCUAAAAUAUUUGCAUUGGACUCUUCUUCAAAUGGAUGGACUUUUAAGUGGAUGACAUUUUUGUUUUGAACUACAGAGUUCAUGGAGUAAAUCUGUUCAUUUUGAAAUUAAACCUUUUAUUUUACGUAUUGGAAACUCUGGAGGCAUGAUCCGUUCAGUUGUCACUGUGUUUUUUGGUUAUUAAAUUACUUGCUUUGAUUUUUUUCCAAAUACUGAUAUUUUCACAAAUGUAAUAAAGAAAAUGUUUUGAUCUGUAGUGCAAAAAAAAAAAAAAAAAGGUUUUCUUCCAAAUAUCUGUUGUGAUGGUUAG